AUGUUGGGUCCUGAGGCGGUUCUGGCGCCAUUUGACCCUGAGGUGAUUUGGCGCCAUUUUGACCCUGAGGUGAUUUGGCGCCACGUUGACCCUGAGGUGAUUUGGUGCCAUGUUGACCCUGAGGUGAUUGGCGCCGUGUUGACCCUGAGUUUGGGGGUCUUUCAGUGCCCCCCCCGCCGUUGCGACGCCGUGGGGCAGAGCCCCCUAAGCGUUCCCGCCUCUCCCCAGGUGGAUUCCUACAUCUGCCGCAUCUGCUCGCGAGGGGACGAGGACGACAAGCUGCUGCUCUGCGACGGCUGCGACGACAACUACCACAUCUUCUGCCUCCUGCCGCCGCUCCCCGAGACCCCCAAAGGCAUCUGGCGCUGCCCCAAAUGCGUCAUGGCGGAAUGCAAACGCCCCCCCGAGGCGUUCGGCUUCGAGCAGGCGACGCGCGAGUACACCCUGCAGAGCUUCGGCGAGAUGGCCGACUCCUUCAAAGCCGAUUACUUCAACAUGCCCGUCCACAUGGUGCCCCCCGAGCUGGUGGAGAAGGAGUUCUGGCGGCUGGUGAACAGCAUCGAGGAGGACGUGACGGUGGAGUACGGCGCCGACAUCCACUCCAAGGAGUUCGGCAGCGGCUUCCCCAUCAGCGACGGCAAACGCCGCCUGUCCCCCGAGGAGGAGGAGUACGCGGGCAGCGGGUGGAACCUGAACGUGAUGCCGGUGCUGCAGCAGUCGGUGCUGUGCCACAUCAACGCCGACAUCUCGGGGAUGAAGGUGCCCUGGCUCUACGUGGGGAUGGUGUUCUCCGCCUUCUGCUGGCACAUCGAGGACCACUGGAGCUACUCCAUCAACUACCUCCACUGGGGGGAGCCCAAAACCUGGUACGGGGUCCCCUCGUUCGCGGCCGAGCACCUGGAAGAGGUGAUGAAGAAGCUGACGCCGGAGCUUUUCGAGAGCCAACCCGACCUGUUGCACCAACUCGUCACCCUCAUGAACCCCAACACCCUCAUGGCCCACGGGGUCCCCGUCGUCCGCACCAACCAGUGCGCCGGCGAGUUCGUCAUCACCUUCCCCCGCGCCUACCACAGCGGCUUCAACCAGGGCUACAACUUCGCCGAGGCCGUCAACUUCUGCACCGCCGACUGGCUCCCCGCGGGGCGGCAGUGCAUCGAGCACUACCGGCGGCUGCGCCGCUACUGCGUGUUCUCGCACGAGGAGCUGAUCUGCAAGAUGGCAGCGUGCCCCGAGAAGCUGGACCUGAACCUGGCGGCCGCCGUGCACAAGGAGAUGUUCGUGCUGGUGCAGGAGGAGCGCAAGCUGCGCAAGGCGCUGCUGGAGAAGGGCAUCACGGAGGCGGAGCGGGAGGCGUUCGAGCUGCUCCCCGACGACGAGCGGCAGUGCGACAAGUGCAAGACGACGUGCUUCCUGUCGGCGCUGGCCUGCUACGACUGCCCCCAGUGCCUCGUGUGCCUCUACCACAUGGACGACCUCUGCAAGUGCCCCCGCAGCAAGCAGUACCUCAGGUACCGCUACACCCUGGACGAGCUGCCCGCGAUGCUGCACAAGCUGAAGGUUCGCGCCGAGUCCUUCGACACCUGGGCCAACAAAGUGCGGGUGGCGCUGGAGCUGGAGGACGGGCGCAAACGCACGCUGGAGGAGCUGCGGGCGCUGGAGUCGGAGGCGCGGGAGCGCAAGUUCCCCGAGAACGAGCUGCUGCACCGGCUCAAGAGCUGCCUGGGCCAGGCCGAGCGCUGCGUGUCCGAGGCCCUGGGGCUCAUCAGCUCCCAGGAGACCGGGGUGCCGGCCCCCUCGCUGACGGUGGACGAGCUCCGCGCCUUCCUGGACCAGAUGAACCAACUCCCCUGCGUCAUGCACCAAAUCGGGGACGUCCAGGCCCUGCUGGAGCACGUCGAAGCGUUUCAAGCCGAAGCACGAGCCGCUUUGGACUCGACCCCCCCGGACCCCGGCGUUCUGCGCUCGCUGCUGGAACGAGGGACCCGUCUGGGGGUGGAGGUGCCGGAAAGCGGCCGUUUGGAGCGGCAAGUGGCCCAGAGCGCGUGGCUGGAGGAGGUGACGGCCACCCUGAGGUCCCCGCGCGCCCGCGUCCCCCUGCACGUCAUGAGGGGCCUGAUCCAGGCGGGCCGCACCGUGGCGCCCAGCCCCGAGGUGGAGGUGGCCAUGGGCGAGCUGGGCGAGCUGCUCACCAUCGCCCAGCGCUGGGAGGAGAAGGCCCAGAUGUGUCUGGAGGCCAGGCAAAAACACCCCCCGGCCACUUUAGCCGCCAUCAUCAAAGAGGCUGAAAACAUCCCGGUGCUGCUCCCCAACAUCCAGGCGCUCAAAGAGGCUCUGGCCAAAGCCCGCGCGUGGAUCGCCGACGUCGAGGAGAUCCAGAACGGCGACCACUACCCGUGCCUGGACGACCUGGAGGGGCUGGUGGCCGUGGGCCGGGACCUGCCGGUGCGGCUGGAGGAGCUGCGGCAGCUGGAGCUGCAGGUGGCGGCCGCGCACUCCUGGCGGGACAAGGCCUCCCGCACCUUCCUCAAGAGGAGCUCCCGCUACACCCUGCUCGAGGUGCUGUGCCCGUGCGCGGACGCCGGCUCCGACAGCAGCAAGCGGCUCAAGUGGCGGCAGGAGCCGGGACGGUACCGGCUGGACGCCGAGAGCCUGGGGCUGUCGGCACAGGAUCUGCGCGACCCCGGCGCCGUGAUCCUGGCGUUCAAGGAGGGCGAGCAGAAGGAGACGGAGGGCAUGCUGCGCCUGCGCCGCGCCAACGCCCAGAAACCCGCCCCCCCGUCGCCGGGCCCCCCGUCCUGCCUGUGCCGCGGCCCCGCCACCCCCGCCAUGCUGCAGUGCCAGCUGUGCCGCGACUGGUUCCACGGCGCCUGCGUCUCCUACCCGCGCCUGCCCCCCCUCCAGAAACCCGCCCCCCCGGCCUGGUGGGAGUGGGACGCCAAGUUCCUGUGCCCGCUGUGCCAACGCUCGCGCCGGCCGCGGCUCGAGACCAUCCUGGCGCUGCUGGUGGCCCUGCAGAAGCUGCCGGUGCGGCUGCGAGGGGAGGCGCUGCAGUGUCUGACCGAACGCGCCAUCACCUGGCAGGACCGGGCCCGCCGCCUCCUGGCCACUCCGGAACUUUCCGCCGCCCUCGAACACUGGAGGGAUGAGGCACCUGAGGGGAGGAGGAGGAGGAGGAGGAGGAGGAGGAGGAGGAGAGGAGCGGCCGCGGGGGGCGACGGAGCCGGGGGGGCGCUCAGGGAGGCCAGCUGCAACGAGCAGACCAAGGUGUCGGUGGAGAACGGUGACGCCCCCAGUCCGGAGAAGAACCGGCCCCUGCCCUCAGAGCUGGAGCGGCUGCAGGGCCCGGUGCUGGAGCUGCCCGAGGGCGCGCGGCGGGCGCUGGAGGAGCUGAUGAUGGAGGGGGACCUGCUGGAGGUGACACUGGACGAGGCCACCAGCAUCUGGCGCCUCCUGCAGGCCGCCCGCCCGCCCCCACUCCCGCUCUUCCGCCUGCUCCUCGAGCUGGAGCAGGUGGAACGUCGGGGGGCCCGAUCCCGGGGCCGGGACCCCGAAAAGCGCCGGAAACGGCGGGGGGGGGAUCGGAGCGACCUCCCCCCCCUGGCCAAGGAGGAGCUGGAGCCAAAGAGGAUGCGGGGGCCUGAGGGGGGGGGGGACACCCCGAGACAGCCCCCCCACCCCACCCGGCCCCCACACCCCGGGGGACUCGUGACGUGGAGCCCCCAGUUCAGCCGGAUGCUCCUGCCACAGCGGGGGGGGCCCCAUCAGGAUCCCCCCCCACCCCCCAGGACCCCUCACCUGGGCGGGGGGGGCUCCCCCCAUGUCCCCCCCCCCCCGCGAUGUAAUUAUUUGAGUUGAUUUCUUUUGUACCGUUGAGCCCGGGGGGGGUCACACACACACAUGGGGGGUCCCCCAAACACAGGGGGGGGGGGGCGCGUCCCAACCAGCACAGCAGGGCCCCCCCACCCCCCCCCUCACACCGGGUUUUUUAUAGGAUGGGGGGGUGGGGGGCACAGAGGGGGCGGAUUGGGGGUGUCAUCCGUUCCCUCCCCCCCCCCACCGACACUAACAGUCUCGGGCUCUUUGUAGCGGGGAUGGGGGGGGGGGGGGCUUAUUUUAUUGUAUUAUGAUUUUUUUUAUUAUUAUUAAACUUUGGAGGCUAAAAA